AAAGCAUGACAAGCUUAGAGUUAGAGUGAGCUCUUCCUGUUAUCAAGCUAAAAUAAUUACUGUUAGUAUAGUUACUUAAAAGUGUGAUAUUGUUCACAGAGACUCUCUUCAGUUGCAGAAGGUGAAGUGAUGCCUCAAAUCACUGCUGGUGUAAUUAUUCAGCUGACGCUCCUUCUGUCAGCUCUGCCUGCGCAAUAUCUCAUUUCCAAAUGGACAAGUGGGACUGCAGCACAACGUCACAUCGCUACGCAGAGAAUCCUGGACACAUGGGAAUUCAUGAGAAAAUCCUACUUGAACACAGCUGUUUGGGUUGAGUGGCUCCAUUCUUGGAUUCCUAAACUACCGUUCUUUGAAGAGGAGGCUGACCAACAGCAUGCACUGGAGGAAGCACUUGCGAUCGAGCUGUUAAUGCAAGAUAACAACGAUGGCUACUUUGCAGUCUCAGGGGAGGCACGAAGUCCCAGGCCAGCAUAUGUGCUGCACCGAGUAGGUCAAGUUGUUAUAGACGCACAGAAUCACAUGGUGGGGGUGAUAGUGGGCUGGGAUGCAGGACUCAGAGCUCCCCCUGAGUGGAUCAAGAGCAAGAAAUACACAGACUCAGAGCUGGAGAGGGCCAAGAAUACUCCACAUUACAGAAUCCUUUUCAGCGGACCUGAUUCCUUAUCACUAAUGAUUGGAUACAUUCCUCAGUAUAAUGUGAAUCUCUUCCGUGGCUUUAAGCCGGACAUCCCUACUUUAGAGCAGUAUUUUUCACACUUUGAUGGGGAAAGGUUUAUUAUGGAGGAGUGGUUGCAAGAAAUCUACCCCAAUGACUGAAAGGACAUCAGAAUUUGAGAGUAAAGAAUUUUACAGGUUUAAAAGGAAUCUGCACCUUUUGUUACCCUUCAUUGACAGUGUAAAUUCUUUUAAAACAAUGGAAGCAUUUUAAAUAAGACAUUUGUUCUACCUUAAGUGCAUUUCAGAAGGAUUUAGUAGCUUUUAACAGGGUUAUUGUGUACAGUUCUGUUCAUAAUCUUAAAUACAAGGCUACGUAGGAUAUGUAAUUUCUUUUAAGAUUGGUUUUGUCUUGUGGAAUACAUGUACAGUAAAUAUGUUAUGCAGCUUCCUCAGGGAAUAAAUGUGCAGAAUAAAAAG